GCCGACGCAGACUCAGUCGCCCGCGACAUUCGGUGCGCGAUACGAUUGGGUCUCCAUCACCGGCAAAACUCCAAAAGCCAAUAAAAAAAUCCCUCCUCACGAGUCAUAAAGACCACCAAGACCCCAUUUAAAAAACAAAAUCACUGAAACUCGUUAACUUUCCCACCCCCCUUUGCCCCGCGUCAGCCCAGGGAAUCUCUCCGCCGAAAGCAAAUUUUCGCAAUUUGUUUUUGAACCGCAUCCAAAAAAAAGCCUCUGAUAUAUCGCGUCUCGUUAUAAGUUUGUGCAAUCCCAUCCGUUAAAAUAGUGUCUGACAUGUGCAGCAUCUGAGUGUCUAAAAAGUGUCCAAAAAUACUCAUCGGAGUCUUCGUAAAAAAAAAAAUGACACCCCCCUGAUAACCCCCUGGCGCCGGUGACCCCCCGAAGAAAUUCGCCCCCCUGAAAUGCCCAGACCCAAGUGAACCCCCAUCCGCUAUAAUGUAACCACCUGCCUCCCCCCUCCCCUAAAAUCGAAAUGAAUAGCGUUCUCCAAAUUGCGCUUGUGAUACUGCUGACGAUAGCCGGAUCGUUGUUGCUGACAGAGGCAAGGUAUCACGGUGAGGAUAGCACAGCGACUAAACACCGGCACCGGCAUCAUCGCCAGGAAUUCCAUCACCGUUCGACAAUGCUAAAGCACUCGAUGACCCCGGAACCGGAGGACAAUGACGAAUCCUAUCAGACUUACGAUGAGUUUGAUGGAAAACGACAGCAUCCAAAGAAACGAUUGCCAGAUGAUGAGGACGACGAUGACCACGAGGAUGAUGAUGAUUACGACUACGAGAGUUUAGAUUAUCCGGAGAAGACCCCACCGAAUCAUCACCGAAGAUAUCAAACUGAUGAGUUCACCGCAGACCGUAGGAAUCAACGAUUUGUCGGGGCUCGGGGUCAUAGGACACGCCCGGAUACAAGAUUAUACCACACGAAUGAUUAUCCCUCGAGGACUCGCGAUCACGUAUCUACAGCAGUGCCCAACGAUACCAAGGACGAUUACGAGGAUUACGAGUACGUUAAACCAUUAUCCCGUGGGCAUUAUCGCCACCAUAGCCAUCAUCCCCACCACCAUCAGCGUCACUAUCCCCGUAACAAUGAAAUUUACAGCCUGAGGUGGAGAAAUUCUUGGAUUGACGGUGGUAAAGCCGACUGGGAUAAGUCCAAACGUCUCUCCAGGAGGAAGCACAGACACAGGGAGAGAAAUGAUGAUAUGCUGGGUGAUGAUGCUGAUGACAGGAGCAGAGUCACUGGUAUUUUUGGCGAAGCCGAGAGAAAGUGGAGGAGCAAUGAUCUGCGACGAGAGACCUCCAGCAAACUCGAGGACAACGAGGAUAUCUGGAAGGAACUGGGUGACUACGACGACGUUGACGUUGAUGAUGAGGAGUUUGAUGGGAUCAAUGAUGACUACUUUGAGGACAUCAGUGAGGAGCAGGAGAAACCACCGUACAGGACCUACGAUGAGAUCAUCAAGAGGCUCACUGAUGGUGGGGGCGAGGAUGACAGUGAUGCUGGGGGUGAACGGGGUAACAGGAACAGUGAGAAGGGGAUUGAGAAGUACUUGAUGAAGGAUGCCUUUGGGAAUGUGAAGUUAAAUGCCACCAGGAACUCCAAGAAUCCGAGGGAGGUGAAGAGGAAUCACGGGGGAGUGAAGAGUCUCGAGUCCCCUUAUCUCGGGAGGAAGAGUCUGGAGGAGGCUGAUGCUGGGGAGAAGGAUAACGUUAGACAGGUGUACCCGUCGAACCUAACAGAGCCAGAGGACGAGGCUUCAGCUCCAACGUCGGCAACACACGAGCCACCAGUGAAAAUAACUUCAAGGCCCAUCAUUACCAUUACCGACCAGAAAACUUACCAACACCGUAACAAUACGGCUAUCUCGCAACAGCCGGCCACUAAUGGAUUACAAUCGAUGCAAAGUGAUCAGAAGUCCCAGACAAAGAAAUUGAACGUUUCAAGGAAUCAGUUGAAACAGAGAGCUGGCAUGCAGGAGGUCCAAAAGCACAUACAGAGAGUGAGGCAAGAGGGCCACUGCCAACAGCCGAGGGUUCGAGUAAUACCUGUGCGUGAGGUUUAUCCAAAUGCCUCGACAGUAUACAUUCCACACUGCGCAGUACUUCACAGAUGCUCUGAUGACACUGGAUGCUGUGGCGCGGAUUCAAUGACCUGUGUACCCAAACAGAUGCAACAGGUCGAACUAUACUUUUACACGAUGACCGUUGGUUUGGGAAACGCUAUUAGGAAGCUGUCCUUCCAGAAUCACACGGAAUGCGAGUGCAAGAGUAGAAUAAAUGAUACGGUAGGUCCUGAGGGACUGCCUCUGCGAGAUCACCAAGGGAAUUCCCCACCGCAAAACAUCAGGGUUUCCCCGCAGAAGAAACCGUGUCGAUGCCCCUCAGAAUUCACACCCAAAAUGACGAACAGUGGCGAAUGUCAGUGCAAGUGCUUUGAGAACGCCGAGAAGUGCAUACGCGCAAGGAGAGGAAAAGAGAACUUCUCGAUAAACGAUAGGCAAUGCAUACACGCGCAAAAGUGCGCACUGCCCAUAUGUGAGUUUGGAGACUACAUCGUAAGCCAGGGCAAGUGCCCGAAGAAAAAAGAUAAAAUUGAAUCAAUAGCAAAUUAUCCAUCCAAUAAUUAUCAAUACAAACAGCGCAGCUGAAUUCAAUAGUUCACUAUCACUUUCUAAUUGUAAAAAAAAAUAUCAUCAAGUGCCUUCAGAAAAAAAUGACCCAGACAAUGUCUAGUUAUUGAAUUCAUUCCUCAGAGGAUAUAUAUUUCAUAAAUAAUUAUUUUAUUACUAUUAAUUGAUUAUCUUUUUCUCUGCAUUCUGUGGGUACUGUAGUAUUCAUGUGUCAAAUACGCUUUCAACUGUAUUUAAUCGAUAAAUGUAAUAAUGUUACUCUCAUUAUCAUUAAUUUAAUAUCUCUCUUACAAGAUCAAUCAAUAUGUAAAUGUCACGAUUGAUGACUUUUUUAAAAUUUCAUUUGAAUUUGAAUUCUCAAUUCAUUGACAAUAAAUUAUAAUAAAAGCUUAGAUGUUUUAUCAGCGUGCCAUAACGUAUAGACAGGGGCUGCAUGUACAUGUGUAUUGAUACAUUAGUUUGAGUACAUUAAAUUAAAUUGAAAAAAAAAAAUUAAUUAAUAGCUCUUGCGAGAAUGUUGAACUGGGUUAAUUGUAUACUCUCCCGAUUAUGUUUGCAUGCUUUUUACGUGUAAUUGAGUUACCGAGAGGUAGCAAGUGGAAAUAUACUGCAUAAUGAUUUUAAAAAAAUAUUUCCCGUUUAUUCGUCAUUCUGGGCCUCAAUCGAGUUUUUUAUCUCAGGAAUUUCGAGAGAUCAGCGUCGCAUGCACUGGCCUCGAUGUAUUCAUUUCAGCGCACGGUACUAGAAUUUUAUUUGUGAGAGAGAAGAAUAGUUUGUCGCGUCAAAUUUUUCAUUUACCAAUCGACAAUCAGAUAAUCUGCUUCAAUUUAUAAUUAAGGUAUAACUAUGGGGAUUUUUCUCUACCCUAUAAUCUGCCGAUCCUCUUCCCUCUUCCUAAAAUAUCUCGGGAUGAUGUCUCGGCCUUCCGGAAUUUUUUUUCUCCAUGUGGAGUUCGCAAGUUUUGCGUAGCAGCGUGCACUCAUUUUUUCUCUAGAUCAAAUAUUUGUUUUAUAUCCGGUGAGUCAAGAGACUUGAUAGAGAUUAGUCAUUGUGGUGAUAGUGGCGACUUUACACGCGCCUCAACGGAUUGUGGGAGACUUGGCGAGGGGAGAGGGGGAAUUUUAUUUCGUCAUGCUGAUUUGUUUAAUACUAACACGUCUGCCCAAGGAGUUUUCUCAUGAAUAAAUAAUCGAAGUUGUUAGCGACACGAUAAAUCAUUUUUUCUGGCGUCAAUAAUUUUCCUGAGUCUCUCACGUCGAAUGAUAAACAAUUCCGAUUUUAAUUUUUGUUAUUAUCGGGAAUCAGGGAAAUGGGGGUAUGAGGUUUGCCUUACAAAGGUCUAAACAUGUACUUAUUUUUUUUUAAAUAAAUAUCACAUGUCAUACCCAGUUUGAAGACAAUGAUAAAAUUCAAUGACAACUUGUCCGAAUGUUUUAAAUAUUUUUCUUUACUCCUAAACUCUUGAACAAAAAUUCUCAUCCUCACAUCAGUAAUCCUGCCAUUUCGUAGAAUCUAAUUCACGUGAAUACAUAAAAAUAAUGAAUAUUUACAAAUGUAGAAUAGCGUUAGGCACUCAAUUAAAAUAAACAAUCAAAAAAAAAAUGAAAAAUUAGGGAAA